GCUGGUGGGACGGAUCGUCGCCCGCGGCGCUUUCGCUGCCGCUUGUGAAGAUUUUUAUUUGCUUCCGCACAAUCACGCCCACGGGCGCUGUGUGCGUGUGUGUUGGGUUGGCUUUUUUUUUUUUCUUGGCUUUUUUUUUUGGAUUUUUUUUUUUUACCUCCUUCUUCUUCUGCUGGUGGAAAGCCCUAAUUACUGCGAUUGCUGAUGGACCUUGGAAAGAAGGCUGCACUGGUGCCCCGCUCCGCAGUCGGACACGCUCAGCUUGCGCCGGACAGGGCGGCCGCUCGCCCGCCGCCCCCCGCCAGCUCCGCGGGCCCCCGCGCUCCCCCGGCCGCGGCUCGGGACGAUACCGCCCGGCUCCUGCGAGCCAGGAUUUUACUUUCGCCUCGCCGUUUCUGCUGCUCCGCUUGGAUUACUUGGCUGCUCCCGCUCGCUGAUCCCGCGCGAUGGAGAAAUCCAGUGCAGUAUUAAUCCACGGAGGUGCAGUGGGGACAGUUGGCAGUACAAUGGCUUCUCAGUACCUCGUAGUGGCUCUGGCCGUUUUCUCUUCUUUUACCCAGGUUGUAAUAGAAGCCAGCUCUUGGUGGUCUUUAGGGAUGAAUCCCAUGAACCCCAUGAACCCUGUUCAGAUGUCAGAGGUGUAUAUAAUAGGAGCCCAGCCACUGUGUAGCCAGCUAGCAGGGCUUUCCCAAGGACAGAAGAAACUCUGCCAAUUGUAUCAGGACCAUAUGCAGUUCAUUGGAGAGGGUGCAAAGACGGGCAUUAAGGAGUGCCAGUACCAGUUCAGACACAGAAGAUGGAAUUGCAGCACUGUGGACAACAACUCUGUUUUUGGCAGAGUCAUGCAGAUAGGCAGCCGGGAGACGGCAUUCACCUACGCGGUGAGCGCGGCCGGCGUGGUCAAUGCCAUGAGCCGCGCCUGCCGGGAGGGAGAGCUCUCCUCCUGUGGCUGCAGCCGAGCUGCACGGCCCAAGGACUUGCCCCGGGACUGGCUUUGGGGUGGCUGCGGGGAUAACAUCGAGUACGGAUACCGCUUUGCCAAGGAGUUCGUGGAUGCCCGGGAGCGUGAGAGAGUUUACCAGCGAGGCUCCUACGAGAGCGCCCGGAUCAUGAUGAACCUGCACAACAACGAGGCCGGGAGAAGGACGGUGUACAACCUGGCUGACGUGGCCUGCAAGUGCCACGGCGUCUCCGGUUCCUGUAGCCUGAAGACCUGUUGGCUGCAGCUCGCCGAUUUCCGCAAGGUAGGCGAUGCCCUGAAGGAGAAAUACGACAGCGCCGCCGCCAUGAAACUCAACAGCCGGGGCAAGCUGGUACAGGUGAACAGCCGCUUCAACGCCCCCACCAUCCAUGACCUGGUGUACAUCGACCCCAGCCCCGACUACUGCGUGCGCAACGAGAGCACCGGCUCCCUGGGCACCCAGGGCCGCCUGUGCAAUAAGACCUCGGAGGGCAUGGACGGCUGCGAACUCAUGUGCUGCGGCCGGGGGUACGACCAGUUCAAGACGGUGCAGAGAGAGCGCUGCCACUGCAAGUUCCACUGGUGCUGCUACGUGAAAUGCAAGUUGUGCACAGAGAUCGUGGACCAGUUUGUGUGCAAAUAGGGGGACAGGACGAGGUGGGAGGAACUGCAGCCGCCUGCCAGCGAGGGGUGCAGGCCCCUCUCCCUUUCCACAGGACUAUCUCCACUUUUUAUUUAUAGAGUCCAACAAGUUGUUGUCUUCUUUUAAGAAAAAUAAAAAAAAAAGGAAAAAAAAAAAGGGCAGGGGAAGGGAAAAAAAAAAAAAAGAAAAAAGAAAAAUAUAAAGGUUGCAAAGAGAAGUGCCUGGAAACCCUCUCUGUGUCCAUCCCAGAACUGUGUUAGGCUUAUAUUUUUGGCAAUAAUGGGCAAGAAUCUGAGAAUAUUUAUUUUACAAAGUUAAAAAAUUGACUUUUCUUACAAACAAUAGAGUAGUUUGAGGGGAAAAUCCGACAUAUCCUAAUUUAGUCCCAUGGAACGUAAUACAUGUGCACUAGGCAGAGCAACCAUGUAAUGUGCUUGGGAUGCUAGAACAAUCCUUAUGGAUGUGAGGAACACACAGACCUGUCCGUGACUUUUAGUUUCAGACACUAGAAGUGGCUAGAAUAGGGUAUAUAAAGCUGUUCAGUGCAUGUAGGGCUCUGUAAAUAAGGGGUAUAUCCAGCAUGAAGUGCUGUGUUGGUUGCAUGUCUGACUGUUCCUGCAGUGUCACCGGAGGGCAAAGAGCAAAGAAUCAGAAAGGCUUUAACUGCGCUAUCCCUGAGUCACAGGGGCUGGUUCCAAAACCUACCAAGACUGGGAAAAAAAAGAAAAAAAAAGAAAAAAUCUGCCUUGGUGAAUAACGAAGAUAUUCUUCAAGGCAGAGUUUGGCCUCGUUAGGUGAUUGUGACGUUGGAGUGUCUCCUCUGACAGAGCAGCACUUCCCUACUGCCGAGUGUGGAGCAGCCCGGGGCAGGCUGUGUGGAGCACUGUAGCUGGGCAAGGGGAGCUGCACUGCUUACAAACAGCUUUGGUUUCCCAGCCUGGAAAGCCCAUGGAAAGUAGAGUUCCCCAAAUUUGAAAAUGCCUUAAAAUGGUGUAAUAGCUGGCUGUCUUUCAAAACACAGCUUGACAAAUAACUCCUCUAAUUUUAUGUGAGAAAAUAAAUCUUUAGAUAUCCGCUCUUGGAAUGAUUGAUUUUUAUUUUUUUCGCAGAUUUUGGGAACGCUUUCACUCAAGGAUUCAAUAGUUUCAUAUUUUAAUAACAUUAACUGACUAUUAUAGUUCAAUGAAACAUUGCAGCAAUACCAAAUUUAUCAUCCUAUGUCUUUAAUACACAUGCUUUAGAUAAUAUAUUGCAGAUAUACACUACAACUGCUCAGACUAUACUUGAGCAGUUACAUAUAUAUGGGAGAACUGUGGUCUGCUGGUGUCUGAUACUUCAAAGCUUUUUGUACAUAUAUAUUUUAAUGAUUUAGAAAAUAAUAAAACAUCUAAAAUUACAGGGGCAGUUCAUCCCUCAUUUUCAGAUCUCUCCAGGUUUUUAGAUUGAUUCCAAGCUUUCUUUCGGUGGUUUUGUUUUUGUUAUUUUGGGAUGGUUUUUUGUUUGUUUGUUUGGUUUGGUUUUGUUUGUUUUUGUUGUUGUUGUUUUGUGUUUGGCUUUGUUUUGUUGGGUUUUUUUUAAGCUUUUAUCAUUCAAAAGUUCUAAGGAGAAUCGCAAAGAAGUCAGCCUCUUCCCAACUUUAGGACUUUCCUGGGUGGUUGGCAGAGGCAGCACCCUGCACUUGAGUCAAUACUGGUCUGGAGAUCGCUUCUAUUCCACUCUCAUGUUAAGGGCAUUAUUGAUUAUUGGUGAAAGGAGACACCUUCCAACUCCAAAAUGUGCUGCAUUUAGCCCUUGCUUUUCAGGUUUUGAACUGAAAAAUUGUUAUUUGUCAAACAAUAUGCGUUCCCCCCUAUUCUGUGUAGUUACACAGGGGUUCAUCUUUGGUUCAGAUGCCUCUUUUCAACUCAGUCCCAUUCAACAAGUUAAAGAAAAUAGUUUUUCAGAUACCAAGUGAGGAAAAUCUUUCACUUUAGCCUAGUUGUACUAAAGCCUUGCCUUUUCACAAGCCUUUAAGCUGUAUCAUUAAAUUCAUCUUGAUCAUUUAUCAGCUUCUUAAUGGCGCUUUAUUGCUCUUAAUUUAUUGUACAAGGACAUAUUUACCCCUCAUCUUCAGAUGUUUGCAAAGAGUAUCUUUAAAGUAAGAGAAAUAAAUAAAGCACUAAUUCAUUGAAUAUGUCACUUUGGUUUUUAUUGUACAAAAAUCAUGAUCUUGUUUUUCAUUUGCUGAAUCACCUCAUGUUCCUUUCUAGUGACUUUUGUCUGAGCAAAACUGAAUCUCAUGAUCCUAGCUAUUAAAACACUAUUUAAUGUAAAAUAUUUUACUUGUCAUUCAGAUAUGUAAAUCUUCUAUGUCCUUUCCUCUGUUCUGUACAUUUAAUGUACAUAUUUCUGUCUCGUGUGAUUUGUAUAUUUCACUGGUUUAAAACAAAAAAAAAGGAUUAUGCCAUAAUUGAAGAUAGACUAUAAAAAUAAAACUUUGGUUGUAUAU